CGCUAUCGGCGCCGCCUCGUCUUAAUAUGGAGCCGUAUAAGCCGGACCCCGAAUUCCAGCGGAUUUACCACCGGUUGCUGCGUCCGUUGUCGCUCUUCCCCCGCAGGACGACACGCACAGCGUCUCAGGAGCACCUCUCGCAGGAGGUUCCGAUGCUACUGCCUUUACCGGUUCCACGGCUGACGGCGGAGUUGGUCUGCCGCCAGGUAGCCGAGCGGCUGACCAAAAGCGGGCUGGAGGCGCGGGCGCCUCACAAGGUACGGCUCCGUUUCACCGAGGUCAUCCUGGACGAGCUAAAGUGCAGCUGGCAGGAGCCCCCCACCGAACUUGGCAUGAGUCACCUGAACAAUCAGAGGCUACGAAAGCGGCUCCUGAUCUACGUGCUGCUCAGCUGCGAGCAGCUCUUCGUACGCUACCUGCACCUCCAGAAGCUCAUGUCGACCUCCUCAGUUGUCUUCACUGAAUCAGCCACGCUUACCCGCUUGGCCGCCAGCCUCGCCAGGGACUGCACAGUUUUCCUCACCGGCCCCGACGUCUACCGGAGCCUGCUCUCUGACUUCCUUGCCCUGCUCAAAGAAGAGCAGGCCCGAGUCUCCGCGCCCAGACUGCGCGCCGUUGGCCUUGGGGCUUACAGGCUCUUCCAGGUCCCAUGGCAUCACAUCACUGGCGUCACCCAAGUGCCGCAUUUCAACCUCAGCCUGAACUACCUCAUCCAACUCAGCCGCCCGCGAGACCUUGUCAGUGAGCCUGAAAAGGAUCCAAUGAAGGAAUUGAAGUCCAUUCCCCAGCUGAAGAAGAAGAAGCCUCUGCGCUGGCUGUCCUCCAUGCAAAAGAGGAGAGAAAGCACCUUCACUUCACAGAUUGCAUCACUGCCUGGGACCUCUGUGGCUCCCCGCAGCCGGGCUCCCCCGACCUCGCACUUGCCCCUCUACUCCCAGCUCCAGAGGAGCCAGUCCAUGCCCUCUCUGCGUGAGGGUUGGAGGCUAGCAGAUGAGCUGGGCCUUCCUCCACUCAGUCCUCGCCCCUUAACCCCACUGGUCCUGGUGGCAGAGAGCAAACCAGAGCUGGCAAGGGACACGGUGGCUGAGGACCUGAAGCAGAUGAUGAAGCAUAUGCAGCUGGGGUGGUCUCAGUACUCACAGCUGGACUCAGGGCUGCCCCCACUCCUGGGGGCCCUGACCUACCGCCCAGCUGCUACCCAUCACCUAGAAGAGCUGCAGAGAAAGUUGAACAGCCUCGAGGAGCAAGAGGCCUUGGAACAUCGGGGCCUCCAUUCCCCUAAACCCCCUCUGCUUGAACCACAGCCAGUGACUGUUACUUUGAAGCUAAAAAAUCAAAUGGUCCAGAUAGCUGCUGUACAGGUCUCAGGAAGAAACUUUUUGGAUUCUUUCCACAUUGAGCCGGCCGGUGUGCUAUACAACCAUCUGGCUGGUGAACUGGAACCCAAACUUAUUGAGCAAAUGGAUAUGGAUCGCACUUUUGGCAGUAGCAUCAGGGAAGUCUACAAGGAGCUGAUGAGCCGUGUCUCUAACAACCACUUCACUUUUGACCAGGGGCCCCUGGUUGAGCCUGCAGCCAAUAAAGACUGGUCAGCCUUCCUGUCCUCAGCCUUCCUACGUCAAGAAAAACAGCAUCGUAUCAUCAACACCAAGCUGGCUGAGCUUUAUCCCCAGAAAGCAAGCACUUUACAGUCCAAUGCAGAUAAGAUAUCCUCCUUCACAUCACUCCAAGCAAGUAAAAGCUGGGACAGGUGGUCAAACAGGGCCAGAUGGCUGAACUGGUGGAAAAGCACUUUGUCUGUGGGUGACUACUUUAAGUACCUCACCACCCAGGAGACAGAUUUCCUCCAUGUCAUCUUCCAAAUGUAUGAAGAGGAGGGUCCUGUGGAGACCGUGGCCCCUAUCAAAGAGUCCAUAAAGAUCCAACACCCACCCUCCUUGCUAGAAGAUGACGAACCAGAUUUUGUGCCAGGAGAGUGGGAUUGGGACACGGUGCUGGAACACAGGCUAGAAACUAAGAGCAGCCUCCUGGAAGAUUCUCACAAAAUCCUGAGCCUGCAGAAGCGUUUGGAGCGGGUUUGGUCCAUGCUUGACGUUCCAGAGAAGGACCGGCUGGACAUGGCCAUCAAAUACAGCUCCAACGCCCGCCUGAGGCAGCUGCCGGCUCUGGUGAGUGCCUGGGAGCGGGCCUUGCAGCCCAUCCAGCUGCGGGAGAUACUGCUGGGGAGACUGGAAUGGUUUGAGCGGCAAGCCUCUGACCCUAACCGCUUCUUCCAAAAGACUGAUGCGGGCCUGAGUCGCUUCCUGGAGGAGAAUCAGAUCCGCGGCCGUCUCCAAAGGAAGCUUAGUAUGGUGGAGGCUCCUUUGGUUCCCCUCCUGGAGGAGAUCGAGUUAGUCUUUGGUGAGCCGGUAACCUUCAAGGGGCGGCGCUACCUGGACAAGAUGAAGCACGACAAAGUGGAGAUGCUCUACUGGCUGCAGCAGCAGCGGCGGGUCCGCCACCUAACCCGGGCCAAAAGGGCCUCCCAUCAGUCAAUCCUGUCCAGGAAGCUCAGCAGCCAGCCUUUAGUAGCCCCAGGGAAUACUCCCAUUACUCUUUGACCGGACCAAGCGCCCUCGGAUCUCUCUGUCACCCCCAUACACACAGCAGCUCAUCCAGACCUCUUGACUCCUUUGAAAGAAGAAAUAUCUGGGAGGGCAGGGUUCAGGAAACCUGCAUUCCAGCUACCAAGGGACUGACAUUAACACUGUAUUUUGACCAAGAAGUUCUCAUAAAAGAAGCCCCAAGCCCAGUAGUCCCAUUUCUGUCAAACCAUGCACAUUACAGCCAAAGUCUCAUGUAUCAAAAGAACUAAGACCAUCCCUUGAAGUUCAUUGUAAUAGGAAAUGUUAGACAGAUAGAAACCAUCCCCUGUGGAACACCUCAGCUCAGCGUUUCUAUCACGAGCCAUUAGAUUGACUGAUUAGAACACCAAGCCAAGAGGCUCAAUGGCAUGAUGACUAAGAUCUAAUGCUCUGGGUUAGUAGAUGUGGGUUUAAGCCCUGCCUGUGUAACCUUGGGCAAAGUACCUAACUGCUGUACAUCUGGACCUUCCUAUGUCAGAUAAAGGAGUUGGCUGUCCCUUCUUCCAGGUCUAGCACACUGUUGGCAGAGCUAAAAUUUUCCAUUAAAUUUAUUUACCAAUUCAUACAAGCACCUGGUACAAAGUACACAAGGGUGUGCACUGAAAAGUAUUUCUUGCCAUCCUUCCUUCAGUAACCCCGUUCUCCUUGUGGUGACAGCUGUUGCCAGUCGCCUGUGUAUCUUUCCAUUCCCUUAUUCAAAAGCAGAUAUUUAUUGAGCACCAGCUAGGUACUCAUGCUGGGUCUUGAUCACUGAACAAAACCAAGACCCUUACCCUUUGUAAAGUUUACAUUCUCCUGAGGGAACACAGACUGUAGACCAUAAACACAGUACGGAAGCACAUUGAAUAAUAGAAUGGAGGAUGAUGAUACGUACUCUGGAAAAAAGAAAAGGCAGAGGAGGGCAAGAGGAAACGAAGGGUGAAGGAUGUGAGUUUACUGGGGUAGUCCACUCAGGCCUCGCCGGGAAGGGGAGAUUUGAGCAGAGGCUUGAAGGAGGGGAAGAAGUGAGCCCUGUGGACAUCCGGGACAACAGUGUUCCUGCCAGCUAAGGCAGGCGGACGCUUGGGGUGUUCCAGAAAGGCAAAGUGGCCAAUGUGGGUGGAGCAGAGCGAGGAGGAGAAGGACAUGAGUCAGAGGGGUCAUGGCAAGGAAGGGGGGCAGGUUGAAUUAUGUGAAAAUUAUUUCAGAAAGAGCCGAUGUGUGUAUGAACGUGCGUGAAUGUACUGUUCAUACUUGCAUCUGCAGCUGCACCAGCGUAGCAUUGUCUCCUGUUUUGCCCCUUUCUAUUCUUCUCCUAAUUUGCCCGGAGCUCAUUCCA